AUGUCUAAGAUUCAAGAUCAUCUUAUUCUUAGUUGGAUUGAAGAGGAUGAAGAGACUUUUCCUAAUCUUGGUAGUGAUAGUGAACAAGAUGCUCCUUCAGAGCAUUCACUCCACGAUUCGAACACUGAACAGUCUGGUGAAAGUGACGGGGAUCUAGAGGAUGCAAAUGUAAGCUUUACAAAUCUGUAUGCUCCAUCAACGUCUGCUAUGGACAUAGCGGUGCACGAACCUGUAGCUCAGCCAGUAAGGGAGCCUGGACCUAUCCAAGUGCAGAGUAGGAGACAACAUCCCGGUCCAGUGUAUGUAGAACCAGGGAGGAACGUAAAAAAAAUUGACAACUUGGCUGCAUUUAGGGAUGUAUUCGAAACUUUUGUCAGUUUGUGUAAGGAACACUACACUCCAGGAGAGUACGUUACUAUUGAUGAGAUGCUGGAGGCAUUUCGGGGAAGAUGUAAGUUCAUACAAUACCUGAGCAAUAAACCAGACAAGUAUGGUAUAAAAAUUUAUGCAAUGUCGGACGCUCGAACAUUCUAUGUGUUGAACAUGGAAAUUUAUCCGGGCAAACAGCCCCCGGGCCCUUAUGCGUAUGACAACUCAGCAAGUAGCGUGGUUUUGAGACUAAUGGAACCUAUCGACAGAACAGGAAGGAACAUUACGAUGGAUAAUUACUAUACCUCUGUUCCCCUUGCCAAUGAAUUGUUCAUGCAUCAUAGAACCACUAUAGUAGGGACUAUAAAAAAAAAUAAGCGAGAGAUCCCAGAUUCAUUUAAAGAUGUCAACGGUAGACCAGUAGGCAGCAGCAUGUUUGCUUUUGGCUGUGACCCGAAUAGAGCCACAUUAGUCUCUUAUGUCCCGAAAAAAGGGAAAAAUGUUUUGAUGUUGUCGACAUUUCAUGAUGAUGACUCUAUUGAUCCCGAUUCUGAGGCUAACAAACCAGAGGUCAUUACUUUUUAUAACAUGACCAAAGGUGGGAUCGAUGUUGUAGACAGAAAGAAAAAGGACUACUCUGUAAAACGUAUUAGUAACAGGUGGCCUUUGACGAUUUUUUGUGGACUCCUGAAUCUGGCAACUAUAAAUGGUCAGAUUAUCUACAACCUGAAUACAAAAGACACCAUGCAGAGGAGGACUUUCAUAACGAGCCUUGCGAGGGACCUAGUAAAGCCGCAUAUUCUACAUAGAGCUUCUAUUCAGACCCUCUCACUCCCGUUGAGGACCAGCAUCAGGGCUGUCGCCGGUGUAGAACUUCCUGAGCCAAACCCCCCACCAGUUGUCGAGGGACGAAAACCAAGGUGUCACUACUGCCCUGUCAGGAAAAACAGGUUUACUCCAAACAAAUGCUCAGCUUGUGAAAGAUCCCUGAUGGAUUUGAGGCUAUCGAUUGCUGAGUAUCUUGUAGGUGGACCAACUCGGAAACGGACCUCAGAACAUCUAGAAGAUGCCGAAGAACAACCAAUGCGGCGUGUGAACAAAAUAGUCGCUCCAGUGGCGAAACCAUCUCAAGACAAGCGAUAUGAUGGCUACAACCAUUGGCCAUGUGUUGACAAUCUCAAGAAUCCCCACACAUGUCGACUAGAAGGUUGCAAGUCCAGAUCCAGGACCAGAUUGUGGGUCUCAAAUGGAUACCGUGUGGAGAAAUGGAUAUUAGCUAAAGCAAAACUAGGGUUUCCUAUGCAUCCCGAUGAAGUAAAAGAUAGUGUACAAAAUGUAAUGAUAGAGUCGACUCGGGAAAAUCCCUUUGUUAAUAACCGACCUGGAAGGAAAUGGCUCGAUCUGUUUUUAAAACCGACAUCCUGAAAUUGUCACAAAACAUUAAAAAAAAUGAAUACAGAAAUCAUCUCAAAAGCAAGAGCCUCGGUGACAGAAGAAAAGAUCAGGAACUGGUUUAGAGAGCUAGAAGAUUAUUUAAAAGAAAUUAAUGCUCAAGAUAUGCUAGAAGAUCCUAGAAGAAUAUUUAACCUUGAUGAGACCGGAAUGUCAACAUGCCCCAAAACUGGCAAGGUUUUGGGUCCAAAAGCAAACAGAAACUUUUAUGACAUCGCACCUGGGCCUGAAAAGGAAUGCAUCACAGUGUUAUGCACCUUCUCCGCUGCUGGGGAAGCAAUAGGCAAGUUCUUUGACAUUCUGGAAGCUGAGUACGACAAGCACAAUUUCACAGCUGAUCGUGUCUACAACGUGGACGAAACCGGACUAACUGUAGUCCAGAGCAAGAUACCUCAUGUAGUAGGGCUUAGAGGUAAACGUCAAGUGGGGGCAAUUACAGCAGCUUAA